AUGAUAAGUCAAAUACACGCCAUGAAUAAAGUAAAGAAAUUUAAAUUCCAUUCCACAUUUUUUUUGUUUAUUUCAUACUUCAUAGUAAAAGUAAACACGGUUUGGUUUUGGUCAUAGAUAGAUAAUGGUGUCUCUUACUUACACGCAUAAUCACUAAUUGCACCCCACACCAAACUUCACAAACCCCUUCACUACCAAACACUAUUUAAGAGCCUCAUUUACAAAUCCCAAAACCCAUAACUCAUCAAAUCCCAAACACACUCUUCUUCUCUUAAAGCUAUAAACUUUCAUCAACCCAACUCACACAAUUCAAAAGGGUCACAAUUAAGUGAAGUUGUUGGUGUUCUUGAAAGUUGAAGCAAAUAUAACAAACCCAAUUGUUCAAUUUCUCAAAAUCAUUUUUUUUCCCCAAUUUUUUGAAUAUAUAAACCAAGAUAUUUUGCUUUUGGUUCUCAUAUCUUUCUGUUAAUCUUCUAUGGCAACUUGGGUUUUAUCAGAAUGUGGUUUAAAGCCACUUGCUCCAAUAUUUCCAAAACCAAGAACAGGUUUUGUUGUUUCCAACAACUCAAAGAUUCAAUUUUUAGGCACAAACAAAGGAGUAAAAGAUCUCAAAUUACAAUUUCAACCAAAAAGUUUCGAUUUUAAGGAGAAAACAAAAUGGGGUUUGAAUGUAAGUACUCCUUUGAGAGUUGACUCAAUUCAACAAGAACCAGAACAAGAACAAGAACAGGAACUUCCACAGUUUGACCCUGGUUCACCACCACCAUUUACAUUAGCUGAUAUAAGAGCAGCAAUUCCAAAACAUUGUUGGGUGAAAGAUUCAUGGAAGUCAAUGAGUUAUGUUUUGAGAGAUGUUGUUAUUGUUUUUGGAUUAGCUGCUGCUGCUGCUUAUCUUAACAAUUGGAUUGUUUGGCCUCUUUAUUGGGCUGCUCAAGGAACCAUGUUUUGGGCUCUUUUUGUUCUUGGUCAUGAUUGUGGUCAUGGAAGUUUUUCAAGUGAUCCUAAACUUAACAGUGUUGUUGGACAUUUGUUACAUUCUUCAAUUCUUGUUCCUUAUCAUGGAUGGCGAAUCAGUCAUAGAACUCAUCACCAACAUCAUGGUCAUGUUGAAAAUGAUGAAUCUUGGCAUCCAUUGACAGAAAAAAUAUUUAAGAGCUUGGACAACGUGACACGUUCUUUAAGAUUUACAUCCCCUUUUCCAUUGCUUGCAUAUCCUGUGUACCUUUGGGCCAGGAGUCCUGGGAAGACUGGUUCUCACUUCAAUCCCAACAGUGACUUGUUUGUUCCAAAUGAGAAAAAGGAUGUAAUCACUUCUACAGCUUGUUGGUUUGCUAUGGUGGGUGUACUUGUGGGAUUAGGAUUUGCAAUGGGUCCAAUUAAAUUGCUCAUGCUUUAUGGAAUUCCUUAUAUUAUUAAUGUGAUGUGGUUGGAUUUGGUGACUUACUUGCACCAUCAUGGUCAUGAAGACAAAUUACCAUGGUAUCGUGGAAAGGAAUGGAGCUAUCUUAGAGGUGGGCUUACUACUCUUGAUCGCGAUUACGGAUGGAUUAACAACAUUCACCACGACAUUGGAACUCAUGUCGUUCAUCACCUUUUCCCUCAAAUUCCACACUAUCACUUAGUAGAAGCUACUAAGGCAGCUAGGCCAGUGUUUGGAGAUUAUUACAAAGAGCCAAAGAAAUCAGCUCCUCUUCCUCUUCACCUUAUUGGAGAGUUUAUAAGGAGCUUGAAGAAGGAUCAUUAUGUUAGUGACACUGGAGAUGUUGUUUACUACCAAACAGAUCCUAAAAUUAGUGGCUCUGCCAAAUCAGAAUGAAAUUUAAGUUCUUCAAUUUUGAACUUAUAAAGUUAGUACACAUUAUUAGAAUCCACUUCAUUAAAAAAGGUGAUUGGUGGAGAUUAAAAGAGUGUUUAGGGAAUAAGAUUAUCCUUCCUAACAAGUGAUUUUUGUAAAUUGAUUAUUCUUCAUGAAGGAAGUGAUAUCAUGAAUUAUGAUUAAGUUAGUUAUUUAUUUGCUAAAAUUAAAGCACUUUGGUUCAAUGUGAUACUAAUUUUGAA